ACUGUGUCCUAUGAGUAACUAUGCUCCAUGAGUAACUCUGUGCUGUGACUGUGUUCUGUGAGCAACUGUGCUCUGUGAGCAGCUCUGUGCCGUAACUCUGUGUUCUCUGUGUAACUCUGUCCUGUGCUGUGUGCCAUUCAGCUGUUUCUGUUGAAAUUGACUUGAUGGUUUGCGCCGUGAACCUUGGUCCUCUUAGAGAUGCACCGUAUAGCAGAGAUGUUGUAGUUGUGUGAGGUACACACUCUCUCUGUCUCUGUGUAACAGGAUUAAUGGCCAUAGUGGGGCAGCAGAGCUGCUGCUGGAGUUGGGGGGCUCUCCACUGCUGAGCAUCAGAGACGCUAAGGGGAGGACGCCGCUGCACGCCGCCGCCUUCGCCGGGAACGCCACCGGGCUGCAGCUGGUGCUCAGGCAGGGGUCGGAGGUCAACGCCGUGGACCUCGCCGGACGCUCCGCCCUCAUGGUCGCGGCGGACCGCGGGCAGACCGCUGGCGUGGAUAUGCUGCUGCACAGAGGAAAGGCCGACCUGACGCUGCUGGAUGUGAACAACAACACAGCCCUGCACCUGGCCUGCAACAAGGGUCAUGAGAUGUGUGCCCUGCUUAUUCUGGAUGAGAUUGAAGACCUGUCACUCAUCAAUGCCACAAACAGUGCUCUGCAAAUGCCCCUGCACAUGGCGGCCAGGAAGGGCCUGGCCACGGUGGUGCAGGUGCUGCUGAGCCGCGGUGCCACAGUGCUGGCUGUGGAUGAGAAGGGCCACACCCCUGCCCUGGCCUGUGCGCCCAAUCAGGACGUGGCAGACUGCCUGGCCCUCAUCCUCUCCACCAUGAGGCCUUUUCCUCCCAAAGAGCCCGCUGGCGCCCCCUUCAGCCUGGGCCUGCUGAAGCCCUGCGGCAUCGCGGCCGGCUGCGGGCCCCUGCCCAACGGCGCCCUGGGCCACGCCUACGCCAAGGACCGGCCCGGCGCCGUCGGCCUGGACGGCUGCUUCUCCGAGUGACCCCGCCCCUCGUUCGCACGCGGCCGUGAGCGGGAAGUCGUACGUGUUCGCGUGCGUCCGAGUAUCUCUCAAAGGUGCAGUCAAACCCAUAUGCAGUUAUGAGCCUCUCCUCCUCGUACACGAGCUCUCUCUUCCACCUCCGCGUGCUCCGCCCACCGAGCGCAGCCCUAGGAGAAGCUCCGCCCAUCGAGCGCAGCCAUGCGCAGCCCUGGGAGAAGCUGCUCCUCAGGCCUUCAACACUAUUCACCAAAAUUCAUUCCGUCCCUCAGCAGUUUGGUUUGUAGCUUUUCAUUUGGUUAUAGGGCCUUAGCUAUUUAUUUUUAACUUGUAGAAUUAAAAAAUAAAUAGAAUAGAAUGUCAGAGGAAAACUAUAUCUGUAAAUGCACCUUGUGUAUUUUAAACCUGGAAAAGCAAUGAGCACUAAAUGGAAAAGUAAACACGAGGGGCAGAGGUAGCAAGCCCAGGUGCAGUAGCACUGUAAGCACACCGGGGGCAUCGCUGAGACGGAUCCAAGCAGGCCGUGUGGUUGAAAGGAAGGCCAGUGCCUCGGAGGGCAGAGAUGGAGAGAGCUGUGGCUGAAAUGGGUUUGACUGUACCGCAGAGGGAAGGGGUGCAGAGAAACCCUCAUUUUAAGUACAGGUAACACCCUCAGAAACACGCCUAACAGCUUGAGCGACGUGAACUAAAGAAACCAUUUCUUAUCGGUAAUAAGCAAUCUGAUUGUAUUGAGCAGUUAUGAGAUUAGGAGAUAACGGAUGAUUUAUAUGCUAAAUGUACAGUUUUUUUGUGUUUAUGUGGGGCUCCAAUUUUGCACAAUGUCAGGGAAAAACAAUCAGAAACAAAAAGGAAAAAAAAAACUACAAUUCUGCCAAUGAGCUGUUGUUUAUCAAGCAUUUAUGGAAGGGAGGGGUAAGCCUGAAAGAUGCAAUGGCGGCUUCCCCCUCCCUCCCUGUUAACCCUGCAGAGAAGCAGGGGAUUGUGGGUAGGGAGGACUGCGCUCCAAUACCUCUCAGAUUACAUGGCAGGUGAAAUCGCCUUGAUUUUCCUGCUCACUCCUGGAGCUCAGCCAAGGUUAUGGAUGAAGGAGGGUUUUCUUUUUUUCUUUUUUUAUUUAUUUUGCAGCGUAUGUGUUUUUAUGACACUUUCAGUUUUGUUUUUUUUUACAGCUUUGUGCCUAUGAAAUACCGCUAAUUUUGGGGAGGAACACCCUAUCGCCCCUUGCACACACAGACACCACCUUGAUUCCUUUUGAAAGGGUGAUUCUUCUUUUUUUUUCUUUUUUUUUUUUUUU